CCAACCCAACACCGCUUCUUUAUAUACUCGCUCACAACUCACGCCUUUCCCAUAAUCUCAUAGCGAUCCAUAUCGCUUCGCGGCUCACGGCUACGCGAAACCUAUUCUCGAAUCUAACUAUUGGGUUUUCUUUCUUCUGUUUCAUAAAUCAAUCGCCCCGAUUUUCAUUUUCUGUUUCUUUCGAGGGUUUUUGUCGCUUUAGUUUCUCGACAUGGCUUCCUCAUCAAUUGUGAUCAAGGUUAAGUUUGGGGAAACACUUCGACGCUUUAGUGCACUUGUUCAUGACAAGGAACUUGCUCUUGAUGUUGUCAUGUUGAGGGCGAAGAUCCGCAGUCUAUUUGGCUUUGAUUCUGAUGUUGAUUUCACUCUCACUUAUGUUGAUGAAGAUGGCGACGAGGUUACUCUUGCUGAUGAUGAUGAUAUCCAUGAUGUUGUGCGCCAGUCUCUGAAUCCGUUGAGGAUAACUGUGAAGUUAAACAAUGGCAAGUCUGAUGAACCAAGUGGGACUUCUACUCCCCUGAGAUCCUUGAAUUCUGGUGUCUCUGAAAUUCUGAAAUCUGURCCUGAGCCCUUUCGCKAUGUGCUUGCUAAACUKCCCCUAGAUUUGGCAUCUAAAGCAUCAUCUUCUGCUCCCGGGAUUGCUGAGCUUGUGGAAAAGCUCACAAAAACAUACUUGAAUCAGCUUUCUGACCCUAUUGCUAGCCCAAAGGCMCCCACCCCUGGCGAWGGUUCAGCAACCGUUAAUGGCSAAAAGGRUAAGAAUUCUGAAUCAUCGAACGUUAAUGGUCGAAAGGGUAAGACUUCUGGACCAUCAGUUGUGAAGGACAGUAAGGUUCCAGUGGACCCUGAACUUAUAAAAUCCAAAUCGAAGAAGAAAGAAGAGCAGGUUCAAAAGGUGAAUGAAGGUGUGAAGUUCAAAGAUGUUCAGCCCCCAAGAGCGGUUGAUCUUAAUGUUCCUUACUUUGAUUAUGAAGCUUUUCAGACYCCAUUUAWUACCAACAAGGGUGUGGAAGGGUCUAAUGGCCGAACUUAUUCCCAAGUUGUAUCUGAUCUUCCUUCCAUGAAAAACAAAGACACCACUGAUGGUAGCUCUGAAAAGAAGAAUGCUGGUUUUGCUGCACCCUGUCUUGAUUAUCUGAAGCAAUAUAUUCAGGAUCAUAACGUGACUGAGAUGGGUGGUCUGUCAUCAGCUGACAUCCCAAAAGCUACUGAUGAUUAUUCUGGCAGUUCGUCGGGCUGGGCUCAGGGCAUGUUGAAUGCAACUAAUCAAUGCCCAUUUUCAGGAAUGCCAUUACCAAACGACCUUAGUUUGCAUGCUUAUCAACCUUCUCGUGGUCCUUGGAGGAGAAGCUAUAACCAUGGUAAUGGCAUAGGCAAUAUAUUUCACAGGGGGGUUCGUUGCGAUGGUUGUGGUGUUCAUCCGAUAACUGGGCCUCGGUUCAAGUCCAAAGUGAAAGAAGAUUAUGAUCUGUGCAGCGUUUGCUUUGCUGGAAUGGGUAAUGUUGCUGACUACAUCAGACUGGAUCGCCCUGCAAAUCUUGUAAGGCAUCAUAUGCCUUUCAAGGGGUUUCAUGAUCCGUCUCUUCGGAUUCCACCUCCAACUCUGCCUCAUGCUUUGAGAGCUCCUGGGACAAAGCUUCCUCGGUCUAAGCUUGAUAGCCGCUUCAUUCUUGAUGUUAAUGUUCUUGAUGGUACCCUCAUGGCUCCAUUCACUGCAUUCACCAAGAUUUGGAGGAUGAGGAAUAAUGGUACCGUCAUCUGGCCCCGUGGCUCGCAGCUUCAAUGGAUUGGUGGAGAUAGGUUGAGCAAUUCACGCUCUGUUGAGAUUGAGAUUCCAGCAGAUGGUCUGCCUGUGGACAAGGAACUUGAUGUUGCAGUUGAUUUUAUGGCUCCAGAACUUCCUGGCCGAUACAUUUCUUAUUGGAGGAUGGCAUCUCCAUCUGGGCAGAAGUUUGGCCAGCGAGUUUGGGUCUUGAUUCAGGUUGAUACUUCCAUGAAAGAUUUGGGUGAAACAUCGAUCAAUCUGAAUCUGCCUCCUGUUAUGAGGAACGCUGAAGUGGUUGAUCAGAAUCAGGUGAUGGAUAGCAAUGGUGUUCUUCCUGAGAACAAUUUCAUUAGGGUGACGGAUUCUGAAGAUUGGCAACCUAAGGAUCAGGAGAUGAAUUUUCCCAUCAAUGACACCUUGAUUAUAGAUAAUAAUAAUAACAAGAAGGAUGGAGAGUCGAGCACUGGUGCUGAUUCUCCUCCUCCACUGGGACCUCUUGUCUCUUCGCUUCUUUACCCAGACAUUGCUUCUGCUACUAGUUCUCCUCCAGUUGGACCAGCUGUUUCUUCGGCUUUAUAUCCUACAGUAGGAGGAGCUGAUACCGGUUCAUCUCCGGACCAGAUUAUUUAUCCUGGCAUAGAGUAUUCUGAAGCGGGUCCUAGUGCACCAUCCCCGACAGCGGCAGUGGUGGUGCAGCCAUCUGGUUCUGCAAGUGCAGAGGUGGCUGAUGAUCGGGAGUCGGCUCUUCUGAUGGAGCUGGAAGAAAUGGGAUUCAGACAGGCGGAUCUGAACAAAGAAAUCUUGAGGACCAACAAUUAUAAUCUGGAGAAAUCAGUGGAUGAGCUUUGUGGUGUUUCGGAGUGGGAUCCAAUGCUCGAGGAGUUGCAGGAAAUGGGUUUUGCAGAUAAUGAAGCAAACAGGAGGCUGUUGAAGAAGAACAAUGGAAGCAUCAAGGGUGUGGUGAUGGAUCUCAUCAAUGGAGAAAGGGCUUAAAUUAAUUAUCAAGUAAUGAAGAUAUAUGAAUAAGGUGUUGCCAAGACUUGGUACAUGCCAUCUGUGGUCACUUGUUUCGAACUUGGUUUAGCGUGGGUGUCUGUUUGGGGUGUGUGUGUGUGUCUGUUUAAGCUUUGUUUAAGUGGGUCUGGUUGUUGGUUUAUGGAACUUGGAUGCUAUUAUGUAUAUAAGAUGGCUUUAUAAUUGUGCUGUUGGCCAUUGC